AUGUAUUUACUUGCCUUGCAAUUUCCUAUACCAUCAGAAAAAAAGCGAUCUGAUACCGAUGAAAAAUUUGAGGGUGCUCUAGAAGAUAUUUUCGGGAAAACUGAUAUUAGCCACUUUGAGUGUUCUGAAAGAAUGCCUUCUUUAUGCCGAUUAUAUGCUUCUCAGUCCCUAACAAAAUUUGAAGCGAUGGAACUAAUAAGAUUCAGCGUCAUUGAAAUCCUUCACAAUUGUUGUGGGAUGGGAACUUAUAUGUUCCAAAACAUAGAGAAUAAAGAGAUUUUUUGCAGGAUAAGAUGCCCUGACGACAUAUUAUUGGAAGAAGCUCAUCUCUAUAAAGAUAAUUUUCAAAUGAACCCAGACCUUGAAGAAUCUUCUGAUGUUAAGCUCAUAAUGCCUUAUAUUCCUUUUAAUAAGCAGAAAUAUGAAAAAAACCCAGAACUGUAUGCGAAACAUGGAAAAGGUAUAUUGAAAAAUAUAGAUAGAAUUAGAAUAAUGGAAAGAUUGAUUCAGGCCCAUAUCAAUAUUGAAAUGAUGAUUAAAAAUGGAUUUUUGAUUGAUUUUUUCCCUAUUCAUGAAGAAUCAAGCCUUGAUUCUAUUGAAGAGUCGCUUUUGGAAUCUAAUCAAUUGAUAGAUUUAAGGAUGCCAAUUUUGACGAUUAAGGAUUAUUUUGGAGAUAGAUUAGAUUAAUGCUGUAUAUUUACCUAUAGUAAUUGCCCGAGGAUGGUGCUAUCUUGUGCCAUCCUCGGGCAAUUCAAAAAUGGCCCCAAACCGGGAAUCGAACCCACGUGUGGGCCAUUUUUGGUAUGUGGAGAACAUCGACUUCCACGUACCAAAAAUGGCCCCACACGUGGGUUCGAUUCCCGGUGUGGGGCCAUUUUUUAAAUUGCCCGAGGAUGGCGCAAGAUAGCGCCAUCCUCGGGCAAUUACAGUACUUCCACGAGGGUAUUUUGCAAAGCUUCUUUAGAAGCUGUGUGGUGGCCUAAGCUAAUUGGGUGAACUUCUACCUUGUACCCAUGAGCCCAGGCCCGAAAUCCUGGUUUCUCAGCAGUGAUUGGCUGUUUGUCCGCAGACCGUAGCUGAGCACAUCAUUUCCAGCUUAGUUCUAUCACCCUUAUUAUGCUAACUCUUACUUCUUACUCCUGGCCAGAUCGUCCCAUUUAAGCUACCCUUUGCAGGAGAGACGCCUCCAAGUUGCCUAAUUUGCCUCCCCUUUUUCAGGCUAUCUCUGGAAAAACAUUCAAUCGCUUCCGUGGUUCGGGCAAGCCACCCGAGCUUAAGCAGGUAAUUCACCCUGCUCACAAGAACUGCCAAUUGAAUUAGACCACAAAACUGCGGUUCUAUGCUCAAGACCUCGCUUCAGGUCAUCAGAUAUUGCUGAGCUGCUCCUAUCUCCAAAAAAUUACCCGGAUAUACAUGGACCAUACGCCAUUUUAUAUAUAUUAUUUUGGAGAUAAACUUGCUUUUUAUUAUAUAUGGCUGCAGUUCUUUACGAAUAGACUUUUCAUCCUCAGCUAUUCUGGAUUAGCAUUUUGUAUUAUUGGAUACUAUAUCGCUGAUAUUAAUCAGAUCAGCUUACUGCAUAAAUGGACUGAAAUUAUCUUUGGAGCGACACUCUUUUUAUGGAUUAUCUCUUUUAUUGUGUACUGAGGAAGGGAGUCUCAAUUUUAUGCACUUCAAUUUGGAGCACAAUACUAUAAAGAAAAUGACCUAGUGAGGCAAAAUGUUGAUCACAAAACAAAUAGAAACUCGAUUCUGAUUCAAUUUCAAAAUCUCUUAUCAGCUAAGGCUAUGAGACAAGUCUUUUCAAAUUUUAUAAAUUUAUUUGUAAUUGGAUGAAUUUUGCUUUUAUCUAAUUCAAAUUUAUUUUAUUGAAAAAUAUUUGAGAAUAAUUAUGGAGAAAAUUCAUAUAUUUUUGCAUCAAUUUUAAAUGCCUUGCAAAUUGUUUUCAUGCAAAAGAUUUAUGAUUAUGUUGCUUUCAAGCUUACUAAUUAUGAAGAUCACAAGCUUCAGUCAGAAUUUGAAAAUUCAUUAAUUAUGAAAAGAGUUGUCUAUCAAUUAGUGAAUUACUUUUCAAGGCUGAUCUAUCUAGCCUUUAUUAAAGAGCAUUUUGAAAUCUGCUACCAUAAUAAUUGCACCGAUGACCUCAGCUUAAAUUUAUGGAUCUUUUAUAUUGUAUAUAUUAUAUUUAACAUAAGCCAAGUUAUUUUGAAGCUUUUGGGAGCAAAUGCAAGAUAUAAAGCAGAAGAUUCAAAAAUAAAAAUUCAAUAUAAUAAAGGAGAAAUUCCUAGAAUGGAAAUAAGCCACUUAGAAGCUGAAGGAAAAUUUACUCCCCCCUUUGUAUUGAAUCAAAAAAUAGGCAAAAUUUGCAUUUUUCCAGUACUUUAAACCCCUCUAAAUUCGAAACAAUUUUUUUUUAAAUAGUAAACUUUUUAGGCAAAAAUACUAAUUUUUAUAAAUUAGUUUUGACCAAAUUUGACGAGGAAAAGCUCAGGUAUAGUAUUAUUUAAAAAGUUCUCAACUGCUUUGAUUAAUUUUUUAAAAAUAUAGGGGGACAAUUUAUAUUUUUUUUUAUUUUUAAAAUUUUAAAAAAAAUUUUUAUUGAGAAAAUAUAAUAUAAUUGUUUUUGAAAAAAAUUAACCCUCCAUUAAUUGGAAUAGGAUUUUUGUUCAAUUUAAAGGGAAGUUAGCAAAAUUGAUUUAAUAGAUGAAUAUUUGCCAUUAGCAAUGAAUUAUGGAUUUAUCGUGCUAUUUUGUAUUGCGUUUCCAUUGGGGCCUCUUAUAUUUUGGCUUUAUAAUGUUGCUUUACUUAAGCUGAAUUCAUAUAAAAUUAUACCCUUUUAAUAGCGUCGCUACAUUUCUGCUGACGAUUUACAUAUUUUUAUUUUAAAAUAAAGCAAAAUAAAUUAUCCUAUAUAAAAUUUUCAAAAAACAUUUCUGAUUAUAAAAUUUAAACUAGUAGCAAUAUAUUAUAAAGAUGCAUAUAUAUAUUACUCUAAACGCCCAAUGCCUGAGGUUUCUGGAGGAAUAGGAAUAUGAAAUGAUAUAAUAAAAUUUUUGUCAUAUGCAGGAUUAAUUACAAAUAUCGGACUCCUAGUACUAAGAGAUAACAUUUUUAACUUCAAUUAUCAUUAUAGAUGGUGAAAUUUCAUAACUCUGGAACAUUUAAUGCUGGGUUUGAUGAUUUUCAUUCUUGCAAGCUAUCCUUUAAAGUCAGACUUUAUGAAGGAUAUUGAGAAUAAACAAAAUUCUCUAAUCAAAAAAUUUUAUUCUAAAAGUUAUUCAAAACCUAUAUAUGAGCCAAGAUAUACCGUUGAUCAGAGUAUCAAUAUGAAAGAUUGCUAA